UCGGCGUGCUUGUAAACAUUUCUAGUCAUAUGGGGAAAUAAAUAGUUGUUUUCAUGAACUGUUCUCUUUGUUUUCAAAUUUUUGCAAUAUCUGUCAUCUCUUAAACCACACGUCCAAGAUGAAGAUAAAGUCCAAGUCGUCAUAUCAUAAAUCUGAGAAUACUUACCGGUUUCUCACCUUUGCCGAAAGACUUGCCAAUGUCAACAUCGAUGUUAUCCAUCGCAUUGACAGGACUGGGACUUAUGACGAGGAGGUAGAAACAUAUUUGUAUGAAGGACUGAUAAAAUGGAGAGACCUCAACUUGACAGAAAAUUUUACAACCUUCUUGAAAGAGGUGACCCACAAGUGUCAGUCAUUCAACUUGUUGGUCUUCCACCAGAAGUCCAUAGUGGAGAGUCUGAAAGCCCAUCUGGCAGUCAAAAACAGCCUUGCCUACCAGCCACUCCUGGACCUAGUGGUGCAGCUGGCCCGAGACCUGCAGACCGACUUCUAUCCACACUUCCCAGACUUCUUUGUCCUGAUCGCAUCCCUGCUGGAGACCAAGGACACAGAGCAGCUAGAGUGGGCAUUCACCUGCCUCUCCUACCUGUUCAAGUACUUGUGGAGGCUUAUGGUCAAGGACAUGACCAACAUCUACAGUUUGUACAGCACACUGUUGGCACACAAAAAGGACCACAUCCGUAAUUUUGCAGCUGAGAGCUUCUCGUUUUUGAUGAGAAAGGUUCCUGACCUGGAUGCCUUGCUGGGUCAUAUGUUCUCAGACCUGGAGCAGCAACCGGAGAAGGCUGAGGGAGCGGGCCAGCUGCUCUUUGAGAUGUGCAAAGGAGUCCGUAAAAUGUUCCACUCUUGUGCCACUACUGCCCUUCCUGUGGCUGUACGGAAACUCGGCCCAGUAACCAACCCAGGAGCCUCUCUGCCCUGGGACACAAUCAGAGAUGCCCUGGAUCACAUGGCCCAGGCUGCAGCCGAUCAUGUCAACAAAGAACAUUUCCUGGUUUUGUGGGACUCGCUGCAGUCCAGUGUGGUGGAAGUCCUUGGUUUCUUGGAGGAGAAAGGUGAUAAGGAGGGCCAGGUGACAGAUCAGCUAGAAAGACUUCUGUACAUCCUCCACACCCUGGUGUCUCACAGGGACGGGGCCAAGGUCACCGGGCCUGAAGCUGUCUGCCGGACAGUGCUGCGUUCGAUCCAGAGCCCUCUGCUAACAGGAGCCUGCUGCCGACUGCUCCUCCAGAUCACCUCCUCUCUGCUCCUGGGGGAGAAUAUCACUCUGCCCUCGGCACUCAUCCAGGAGACUGUCCAAAAGGUGUUUGGCAGCAGAAUGGAGCAGGCCCUGAUCCUCGAGUUCACCAAGGAGAUGUUUACUAUGAAGCAGUUUGAACAGCUCUUCCUCCCCAGUCUGUUGCGAUUCAUUACUGGGUUGUUUGCCGAUGGGGACCCCGCGUCUCGCCACAGCGGCCUGGAGGUGCUGGUCAGUCUGAUCCUAGCCAAGGCCCCACCACCUACAGACGGAUCAAUGGCUUUUGAGACCUACCCACUGCUUUUCACUGGACAGAAGGCAGUUGACCAGGCCAGCUCUACAGACCCUAGAAAGGGGGCAACACCGGUCCCGGAGCUAGUCCUCUCUCUCAUUAACCUGCCACCCAACGACAACCAGCCCAUCACCGACCUGUCCUUGUCAUGGGCUGGCCUGGUGCUCCUGCCACACCUCAGGCCUCUGGUUUCAGCUGGUGUGGUUGCAGCGGUGACAGCCCUCCUUAACCACCUUUUGUGUGAGGUUGAGAAAGAGAAGCUGGGAAAAGCUGGUCUCUUUGUGGCGAGACAGGCUCUCAGUUGUCUCCUCUCUCUGGAUGGCUCUGCACAGCUACUCUCACUGGUUCCAGUAGAUAAGGUCACCUCAAUCCUUAGGAAAUUCCCCACCGACCUGUCGGCCCUGUUGCUUGGAGAUCUCUACUACACCCGCCUGUCACUCAGCGGUGUCUCCCAGCACCUGUCCCACAAUGCACUGCUGGAGCUCUAUCAGAUUCUGCACCCCAACAUCUCCUCCAACAUCUCCAAAAUCCGUUUGCUGACUCUGAGGAUGCUCAAUCAUUUUGAGGCAGAACUUCCCGCACAGCCUGAGGGGGAGGAGAGUGUGGAGGUGCAGCUGGUGUUUGCGGUGUGCCUGCAGGCGGAGCUGGUCCCGGCCUCGGUGCAGGACUACAGAGAGAAGCUGCUUCAUCUCCGCAAACUCCGACACGACCUGGUCCAGUCUUGUCUCCCCCAGGGUCCACAUGGCACCUUCCAACAGGUGCCUCUACGUUAUCUCAUAGCAAUGCUGUUCGUCAACUUCAAGCCAUUAUGGGACCCAGUGAUUGAACUACUGGUGAGCCACGCCAGAGAGAUGGACAACAAAGACUUCUGGAUGGUUUACUAUGAACAUCUGGAGCUGGUGGCAGGUCUUGCAGAGAAAGAACUACAGGAGAGCAGUGAAGAUGAAGACAGUGAAGACAUCACCAGGGAGGCUGAUCUCCAUGGUGAGCCAGGCUGUGAUGUCAUCGAGAGCGGAGAUGUGGGCGUGCUCUUCUUGCAUCAGGCGAAGCUUUCCUCUGACUCCAGCGAGAGGUCAGACUUCACCAACUUCCGCGGCCUGCUGUGGCGUGCCAUGGCCCUGGCACCUGACAGGGUAGAGCCACGCAGCCGGGAACUCAGCCCGCUCCUGCUCAGGUUUAUCAGGAAUGAAUUUUUCCCCGCUGACCUCCUGGUGGCACCAACACAGGAUCUAAGAAAUAAGAACAGUACUGCACCAGGGGAAUCUAUGAUGGCUGGGGAGGAAGAGGAGGAGCAAGAGGAAGAUGAGGCAGAGGAGGGAGGAAGACAGCAGAAGAAGGCACUUCCGAGGAGAGCUGCUGCCAAACAGUUGAUAACCCACCUGAAAGUGUUUUCCAAGUUUACUAAUCCCCGUGCUUUGUACCUGGAGGCCAGUCUUGCUGAGCUGUAUAACCAGUUGUUGUGCCAUCAGGACCAGCAGAUUCAGAAGGCAGCACUGGAGUGUGUCCUCGCAUACAAAGACUCCAACGUACUGCCCUACAAGGAGAAUCUGGAGAGACUGCUGGAUGACAAACACUUCAAAGAGGAGAUUGUCCUCUUUAAUAUCUCAGAGGAGAGCACGGUGAUAAGCGCCUCGCACAGGGCCAAGCUCAUCCCACUACUCAUGAGGAUCCUGUUUGGUCGACUGCGCACCAAAGCGGGCAGUAAAUUCCAGGGCAAGGCGAGUGCCGCCACGCGCUCCUCCAUCGUGCUGCGCUUCCUGGCAGGAUGUCUGCCCGAGGAGCUCAGCAUGUUCAUCGACCUGCUCCUGGAGCCUGUCCGUCACCAUGGCGAAGGUCCGUGUCUGGCUGCGGUGGACAAAGCAGUAGCCGAGAUAGAUGCAGGUGCAAUCCUGCCCCUGGGCCGCCAACACAGCCUGCUGAACAUGAUCAACGUAGUGAUCCACAAACUGGGCCACCUCAUCCACGGCUGCCUGCCCAAGCUGCUGCAGAUCCUUUUGUGUCUCACAGCCUCAGUAUCCACAGUCCUGGACAGCAGGGAUCAGCUAAAGGCAGGUUGUAUCAGUCCCCUGAAGAACUUGAGGCGGUUGGGUAUCCUGCGCAUUCAGGACUUCUUCAGUGGCUUCGAAUCCUACGAUUUCAGCCCAGACGAGCUGGAAAGCGUCUUCCAGGCUGUGGUCUGGCCUCAGGUGUGCCGUCUGCCCACAGAGAGCCCCUACUCCCCCACUCCCCUCCUCAAGAUCAUCCAUGUGUGGAGCAAGAAUGCCAGGUAUUUUCCCCUCCUGGCCAAGCAGAGACCAGACCACCCAGAAUGUGACAUACUUCUCAAUGUCUUUGCCCUGCUCUCCGCCAAGAAUGCUUCCCCAGCAACCAUCUCCAUGGUAAUGGAUGUGGCCGAAUCCCUAGCAACCACAGCGGACUUUGUUGCCUCCGAGACCAUAACAGAACUGAGCAUCAAUGGCUGUGUGUUCCCUCAGCCAGCAGAGGGCGAUCUUAUCACUUUAGACUCUUUAAAUAACGGUUCGAGACUGCUGCUGCCUCACAUCUCCACCCUGCUGCACUACUUCAGUAGUGUUGUACGUAACACUGCCCGACUUAAAGUGAAGAAGUUUAGGACGCAGGUGGCCAAAGAGCUAAACAUACUCUCCAAGGUUAGCCGGUUAGUGAGCAACAAGGAGCAGAGCUCGAUGCUUAUCAGCCUGUUACUACCCUACCUUCAGAAAGGCAAGAACUCUCCGGAGACUGAGAUCGACAUUCUGGCCACAGUGCAGAACCUACUGAGGCAGUGUUUGGAGCCGCCUGCCUUUCUCCGACCUCUCAGCAAGCUCUUCUCUGUCAUCCACAACAAGUUGCCUAGACAGGCCCUCACAAAUGUCUUCCAGACUCUGUCAGACCUGGAACCUUCACUGGCAUACAUCACUGAUGUCACCUCAAAGGUUAACGCGUUCGACCGUCGACACUUGGAUGAGAUCCACUUUGACGUACGCCUGAUUGCUUUUCAAGAUGCCGCCCGCCAUAUCAAAGAGAUGCAGAGUCUGGACAUGGACUACAUCAGCACCAUCCUCCACAACUGUUUCCACACUUAUGAGAUUGGAGACAUGUCUCUGUCUGACAACGCCACCCUGUGUCUGUCAGCGGUAAUCACCCAGGUGGCGGAGUUGGGUGCUGGUGAGCAGGCCUAUAAGGACAUAAUACAGCACACCAUCCUUGAUGCUGUACACAAAGGCCUCCGCAGCAAGACAGAGAGUGUGCAGCAUGACUACACGACGGUGCUAGCCUGCCUGGUGAAGACGUUUCCCUCCAAGAGAGAGUUCAGAGACUUGGUGCAGCUUACUGACUACAACGACCUCGAGUCCGACUUCUUUGAACACAUGAAGCACAUCCAGAUCCACCGUCGAGGACGUGCCCUUAGGAAGUUGGCCAAACAGCUGACUGAGGGUACGGUGGUGAUGACGUCACGCACCCUCCAGAACUACAUCAUGCCCUACGCCAUGACUGCCCUGUUUGACGAAAAGAUGCUGAAGCAUGAAAACAUGACGUCUGCAUCAGUGGAGGUGGUGGGCGCCGUGUGCCGCAGGCUGACCUGGUCCAAGUACGUCUACUACCUCCGCCAUUUCAUCCACAUCCUACAGACAUCGCAAGCAGAGCAGAAACUGGCCGUCAGUUUGUUAGUGACAGUUCUGGAGUCGUUCCACUUUGACCAUCAGACGCUCAGCAGAGAAAUGGAGGCGGCUAAGGCCAUCGCUACAGAGGGUGAGCAUCCUGUCCAAUCUUCUCUCUCUGAGGAGGAAGACGACAAUGACCCUGCUGCAGCUGGCGAAUCAGAUGAGAGUGACGAUGAGGACGCCAUGGACACUGAUGACAAGACCGGUACUGCAGAUGGUGGCAUGGAUACUAGCACACCUGACCCAAAGGACGAUGUUUCCAUGGAAGCAGACGAUAAGACUGAUGCUGCUGACGUUGCCAUGGACACUGACACCACUGAGGUUGUAAAGGACGUUGUAUCCGUGGAAAAGGGUGCAGUUAAAACCAAAGGGGCGGCUCCCACACACCUCCCAGCCCCUAGUGGUUUACCCCAGAGCAAGGAGGAUCUGGAGAAUCUGAUCAGCUGCAUUCACAGAACUGUUAAUGACAACAUACUGCCCCGGCUACAAAGGUGUCUCACUGCCAAGGUGAAGCGUGAUGAAGAGCACAAGGCAGUGAAGUCUAAGGAUGUAAAGGAUGAGGAGGUGGUGCGGGUGCCCAUAGCCUUUGCCAUGGUCAAACUGAUGCAGACGCUACCGCCUCACAUCAUGGAGGCCAACCUGCCUGGGAUCCUGAUCAAGGUGUGUGUGCUGCUGAGGAACCGUUUCCAGGAGAUCCGUGACGUGGCGCGAGGAACACUGGUCAAGAUCAUUGAGGCGCUCGGCUCUAGGUAUCUCCAGUUCCUGCUCAAAGAGAUGAAUGGGCUGCUCGUCAAAGGCUACCAAGUCCACGUGCUAACCUUUACAGUCUACCAGUUGCUGUCUGCCCUUAGUCCAACCCUGAAGAACGGUAACCUCGACCCAUGCAUGGACCUUCUCCUUCAGAUCUUCAACAAUGAGUUGUUUGGGAAAGUGGCAGAGGAGAAGGAGGUGAAAGGGAUUGUCUCCAAGCUGAUGGAGGCGCGCCACAGCAAGAGCAUGGACUCCUACGAGCUGCUGGCCAAGUACUGUGGAAAGGAGCGUGUCACCCAGCUCAUCCUGCCACUCAAGGAGGUCCUGGAGAAGUCGUCCAGUCUUAAGGUGUGUCGGCGGGUGGGUGCAGUGCUUCAGCGCAUGAUCCUGGGCCUGCUGGCCAACGACAGCAUGGGCUACCAGGAGUUACUGCUGCUGAGCCACGGGCUAGUCAGCGAGAGCCUGCCAUUGCUCUCCAAGAAAGACCAAGACAAAGCUUUAGCCCAACCUCCCCUGGACCCCCGGCUGCCUCCUCCCAGCUGCCUGCUCCUACCCCCCACCCCGAAGAGAGGGGGCCAGAAGGCUCUUGUAAGCAGCCGCACCAACAUGCACAUCCUCGUCGAUGCUGGCCUCAAGCUGCUCCACCUUAGCUUGAAGAAGGCCAGGGUGACGUCGGCUGAGCCCUUGGCUCUGGAGAUGCUGGACCCCUUUGUGUCCCUGCUGCUCGACUGUCUCAACUCCAUGCAUGUUAAGGUGAUAACAGAGGCAUUGGUGGCAUUAACAUUGCUGUUGAAGUUCCCUCUGCCCACCAUUGAGCAGAGUGCCGACCAGCUGACAAAGCAGCUGUUUUUUCUGCUAAAGGACUACUCAAAGGCCGGUGCCGCCCGCGGAGAGAACUACUUCCUGGUACAGAACUGCUUCAAGUCCAUCACCAUCUUGGUUAAGAACGUGAGGUGCAACAGGAUUUCAGAGAAGCAUCUGCAGGUGCUGCUGGGAUAUGCUGAGGAGGAUAUCUAUGACCAGUCUCGCCAGGCCACUGCCUUCAGCCUGCUGAAGGCAAUCCUGUCAAGGAAGCUGGUUGUUCCAGAGAUGGAGGAGGUGAUGAAGAAAGUGGCAAAGCUCUCUGUCACCGGUGCUAGUGUCACGAUCAGAAAUCACUGUAGACAGAUCUACAUGAAAUACCUGUUGGAUUACCCACUGGGGAAGAAGCUAAGAAACCACCUGGACUUUGUGGUGGCCCAGCUGGCCUACGAACACGACACGGGGAGGGAGUCUGCCCUGGAGAUGUUGGCCUACAUCUUCCAGACCUUUCCAGAGAGCCUGUUGUUGGAGCACAGCGGUCUGUUCUUUGCCCCCCUGGCCCUGGCCAUGGCCAACGAUGACUCAGUGCGUUGCAAGAAAAUGGCCGCCAUGGCCAUCAAGAGCCUGCUGGGUCAGCUGAAUCUAAACCACCGGAACUCCCUGUUCUCCCUCGUCAGCACCUGGAUGGCCGCAGAAAAGGCCAAUCUUCGUCGUCUGGGUGCCCAGGCAUGUGGUCUGUUUGUGGAGGUGGAGGGAGAUAAUUUUACCCACCGACUGGAAGACCUGCUGCCUCUCAUAGAAAGAGAAAUCCACCCCGACAACUACGAAGAUAUAAAAGAUGAGCAGGAGGAGAAGGGGGCGGACAGGCUGUUGUUCUUCUAUCUGACUCUCAUCACCAAACUGACCAAGCACUGCGGCCUACUUCAGCUCAGCAAACCCCACGACACACUCCAUAAUAUCUGGAGUCACAUUGAAGCCAACCUGCGCUAUCCUCACUGCUGGGUAUGGUUGACAUCUUCCCAGCUCUUUGGCCAGCUGUUUGCUACCCACCAGCCGGAGGAGCUGCUGAGCAUGUGGAGAGAGGAGAGAGACGGCAGCAACUCUCAGCCCGUGGCCACAGCUUUCAUCACCAGGAACCUGGACAAGAAGAUGAGAGAGUUGGUGCUGUCCUUCUGUUACCAGCUCCAGUCUAAGUUCCUGGAUACAGCUUCAGGAGAGCAGGUGAUCAAGAAUCUGCUGUUCGUUGCCAAGACUAUCUACCUCAUAUCUCCUGAGUCUGACAUCAAUUCCCCUCACGAAGUAGUGAUCAAGGAGGAAGGGCAGAGGGAGAACGGAGAUAAGGAUCAAGAGGAGGAUGAGAGAGGGGAGGAAGAUGAGAGGGGAGAGGAUCAAGAGGAGGACGAGAAAGGGGAGGAAGAUGAGGGGGGAGAGGAUCAAGCGGAGGAAGAUGAGGGGGAAGAGAUCCCAGAGGAGGAGGAAGAGGACGACAAGGAUGACCGCCCUCCCUCACUCCUGUGGAUGAUGAAAAAACUGUCACUGAUGGCCAAGAGGGAGGCAGCCAAUACUCCCAAAGUGCCCCUGAAGAGAACGUGUGUGUUUAAGUUCCUGGGUGCCGUAGCCAUGGAUCUGGGGAAGGAUCGGCUGGGCCCCUAUCUGACCACCAUCAUCACUCCUCUGUACAGGGAGCUGGACAGUACCUAUGCAGACCAAGACUCUACGUUGAAGAACCUGGCCCAGGAGCUGAUAGAGCUGAUGAAACGACAGGUCGGCCUGGAGACUUUCUCUCUGGCCUUCUCUGCUGUCCAGAAGGAGUUCUCUAUGAGACGUGCCAAACGCAAACGACAAAGAGCCAUGCAGGCGGUGGCUAACCCUGACAUUGCGGCCAAGAAAAAGCUCAAGAAGCACAAGAACAAGAUGGAAGCGAAGAAGAGGAAGAUUGAGUUCCUCCGGCCUGGUUACAAAGCCAAGAAGCACAGGAGCCAUGUGCUUAAAGACCUGGCCAUGGUGCGAUAGGUCCAUAGGUACAUCUGCAUGGUAGAUGGCAUAGGGGCUGCAUUUCCAAACUCGGGACACCAGUAGAGCUGUCACAAUUAUUACAUAAUCGCCUGAUCGCAAUUAUUUGACCUGACCAUGAUAAUUUUGCAUAAUCGUUAGAAUUGUUUCCAUUAAUUUGCAUAAAAACAGCUGGAUG